AUUCUAUAGUAUCUAGAAGGAGUAAAGAAUAACUAGUUAAAGGAAUAUAUAUAUUUCGCAGUGUUCAUUCAUAUACAAAUGUGUAUUUAUAAACCAAGGUGUUAUUGAUUAAUUAGCUAAUUUUUGUACAUAAUGUUGGAGUUACCAUUCAACAUGACACUUAGCUUCCCUGCAUUUUUCAAGUCCUUACCUUUUGCUCAAAACUUGGAGCCUGAAAUUCUAAAUGGUGCAAUUGCUCUUGUUGCUGUAGGCCUAACAGCUGCUUAUAUUUACUAUCGCAAAAACCCCAAAGGUAGCUUGGACCCCAAAAAUUUCAAAGAAUUUAAACUUGUAAAGAAGACCAUGAUCAGCCCCAAUUCUGCAAGAUUCAAAUUUGCCCUUCCUACUCCUAAUUCGAUAUUGGGACUUCCUGUUGGAAAAAACAUACUUGUCAGAGGAAGAGAUAGUCAAGGAGAAGAAGUUAUGAGAUCAUAUACUCCAAUCACAUUGGAUUCAGAUAUUGGCUAUUUUGAAUUAGUUGUGAAGAUGUAUCCAAAUGGAAAAAUGUCUCACCAUUUUAGACAAAUGAAGGAAGGUGACAACUUGGCCGUGAAGGGCCCCAAGGGACGUUUCAGUUACAAACCUGGCCAAGUUAGGGCAUUUGGAAUGAUUGCUGGAGGUUCAGGCAUUACCCCAAUGUUUCAGGUCAUAAGAGCCAUACUGGAAAACCCAAAGGACAAAACAAAGGUGUACCUUAUUUAUGCCAAUGUGACAGUGGACGAUAUCCUACUAAAGGAAGAACUAGAUCGCUUUGCAGACAAAUUUCCUCACAGAUUCCAUGUCUUUCACGUUCUUAAUAAGCCUCCUAAUCAAUGGAAUGGAGGUACUGGGUACAUAUCAAAGGAGAUGAUUGAAUCUCAUUGUCCAGCACCUGCCCCUGAUAUCCAGAUACUUAGAUGUGGUCCACCACCCAUGAAUAAAGCCAUAGCAACUCAUCUUGCAGCACUUGGAUACACAUCAAACAUGCAGUUUGAGUUCUAAUAACACUUCAAUUCAAUUUCUCAGAUUCUUACAAAGUUGCAACACUUUUUAUUUGCUUGUAUUACAUUUAUAUGUGUGCGUGUGUCUGUGUUAAAUUUAAAAUUAAAAAUCCCAACAAGGACAAUCAUCGAUCUGAGUGAAGGUAAUGUAACUUUGAGCAAAGUUUUUGCUUCCAUUUGCCAACAAAGGGGCAAGUUCGUAUGAAUAAAAUGUUAUUUCGAUGUA